AUGCCGGUACAAACCAGCCCACCGUCCUUCCCGGACUCGUUCCCGUCGUUCAUGUCCGUCUACGGUGGCCUGUCCCCCUACAAGCAGGACGAAAACCAGUAUCCUCUCCAGGUCCCGGCCCAUGUUCCUGUCAACACGUCGCGACGCCUCCUUCCUUCCCCCCACCGCGAAAGCGUGUCGUCCGUGACCUCGGCCUCGACCGAAUCAUCACCCACCACCACGAUAUCCCCAUUCGAUUCCCCAUCUACUGGAGAUAUCUCUCCUAGCUCAUCUCCAGAAUCCCCUUCAGCAAUGCCUUUGUCCUACCCUAAAUUUAUCCCUCCUACGCGCCCCAUGGAGAUUCCGUCGCACGCCAUGAUGCCGAUGGAGAGCUCUAAGCUAUUGCCAACCCCCAACAAUGAACGUCCAGUCUCGCCAGGUCGCCGGGAGCGCAACCUGAAGAACCUGUCCUUGCGGAUGCCGGCGCCGUCACAGUCCCGACCUCCCAUUGCCACAGCCUCGGUUCUGGAGACAUCAUCUAGACACCACCUGUUGGCCCCACCCUCCCCUCUCCAAAUACCCCAGAAGAGCAACAGCGGCAGGCGGCGUCCUGCGAAUCUUACCAUCCGGACACCGGGAUUCGACAAGUCGUUCUCUAGCAAUAUUUCGGAAGUAGUUCCCUCGACACCUCUUGGACGACAGUCCUUACGACAUGCGGAAUCCUCGCCUUCUCUCGCAUCCAUUACCUCGCCAGGCUUUGCUCCUACGGGUGGUAUGCAAUUGCCACGGCCGACGACUCACCACGGUGCGCGUCCGUUAUCCGGUGCAUCAUCCGAGGAGACAGCUUCGCCUCUUACGCCUAUCCCAGACGGUGAAUCUACAUUAUCAACGCGCGUUCUUCCCGGACUCGAGGAAGAAGACGAUCACCUUGAUUCACGAGAGUCCACGCGUAAAGCUUCGCGUGGCUAUCCGGAUGGACCUAUCCGGAUAUACGACACGGGCGUGUUUCUGUAUCUUGAACCGACCGCCGAGGAAGCUGGCAAAUUCGAUGUAGUCGUGAAUGUCGCCAAAGAGGUCAAGAAUCCAUUUGACACUGAGCAGAAGGAGCAAAACGACACCGUCAUGAGCACUUGGCGCAAUGCCUCCCGAGCCUCGAAGCGGUUCUCUGGCGGAGAUCCUCAGACUGCUAAUUCCGAGAUCUCGUUCAAAUCCGCAUUCGAAUUCCAGUCCUCCGGCUCUGAAACAGCGACUCCAACGACUCCCAUGCCUGACUCCGCCUCGACUCCAGAGUAUAUCCAUGUCGGGUGGGAUCACAACUCCGAAAUUCUCGACGAUCUGUUGCCGCUGUGUGAAAUCAUUGAUGAGCGAAUUGCAGAGGGCCAGAAGGUACUUGUGCACUGUCAGUUGGGUGCCAGUCGUUCGGCGUCAUUGGUUAUUGCGUACGGUCUGUACAAGAACCGGAACAUGGAUUUCAACUCUAUGUACGGGGCAGUCAAGGAACGCAGCCAGUGGGUGAGCCCAAACAUGAGCCUCAUCUAUCAGCUCACGGACUUCCGUAACCGGCUCCUCCGAGGCUCUCCCUCGCGCCCUGCUCCUCGAGAGUGGUUUGUCCAGACCGGUCGGAGAAGUUCUGAGCCUCAGGUCCCGCGAGCAGAGACGGAAGACUCGAACCGGCCGCUUUUCCGUGGUCUGUCGCAAGCACCGUCAAUGGGUUGCCUCAACCUCCCGUCUUCCAACAGUCGUCCCCGGACCAGCGACAAUGGGAAUCGAUCGCCCAAGCGCAGUCUGUCUCCGCGUCCCCUGCCGUUUCGGACGAAGUUCCAAUCUAUCGAGCCCGCAUUUGGCCGACGCCGAGGGUUGCCGCGUAGCGUCAGUAGCUGCGACCCUCUCAUCCAGACGAAUGUGUUUGUUCGCGAUAUUCCAGAUCCCGCAGGUUUUGGCUUCUUUUCUCCAAGAACCACGGGGUUCCUGGCCCCGCCUAUGCAACCACCACCUCGCACCAUCGACACCGUUGCGGAGGAUGGGCCCGCUUCCAAUCCCGCGCAGUAUGCAAAAGCCACAGCCGACCCUCGCUCGCCCCCAAUGGGAGGUGAGCGACUGAUUAUGAGGAACAUCGAUGAGUUCCUGUAA